GGCUGACCCAGCUGAGAGUGGAGGGGAAUUACAAGGUGCAGGAAAACAGCAGCACUGGACCAGACUGGGUGUCUGCUUGACUCACUACGACCUGCUCUGCACCAUGGGGAAGGACGGGCUGCUCAGCAAACCAAACAUCUUCCUCCUUCUCCUCUUCUGCCUUCCUGGAAAUACCUCUCCCACCACAGAACCGCAGUAUAUGGUGCUCCUGCCCUUUCUGAUAGACACUGAUUCUCCUGAGAAAGUCUGCGUGCAGCUGACCCACCUGAAUGAGUCUGUGACGUUGAGUGCCACACUCGAGUAUCAAGGGGAAAACAGGAGCUUGAUUGAUGACGUGGUGUCGGAGAAGGACGUGUUCACCUGCAUCCCUUUCUCUGUUCCAAAAUCCAAUAGCACAUCAGUGGCAUUUCUCACUGUGACAGUGAAGGGGGAGACACUGCAGUUCAAGAGUCGCAAGUCAGUGCUGGUCCAGAAUUCUGAGAGCUUGGUCUUCGUCCAGACGGACAAACCCAUCUACAAGCCCGGACAGACAGUGCUGUUUCGGAUCGUCUCUCUGGACAAGGACUUCUACCCGCUGAAUGAGAAGUUUCCAUUUGUCUAUGUUCAGGUGAGUGGAUAA